UCUCCCUUCGACCUAUCCACAGGCUGCACAUGAAACCAAUGGGAGCUGUGUUAGCAGAUUCACCAAUCUCUUCGCUAGCAGUAAGAACUAAAAGGGUGCAAAUGCGUCGUGCCAUGAAGUAUGACAGGUGGCAGCCACCUUCAGCUCCCUAAUUUACUCGUCCCCAUCUGCUAAUGAAACUAUACGUUUCCCUCCUUUACGUCCUAACACCUCGGCGAACAUUCUACACCAGUCUGCCGAAACUACUAAUAUAAGCAUACAAUUCAAGGUUUGGAUAUAAUAUACCUUUUCACAUUAAGAAAAGAUGAUUAAUCAACUAGAAAAAUUGUACCAGCUAGAAGACAAAGUAAUCUUUUGGCAUGACCCCCACCACCGUGGUCAUGUGAUGUCACAUGAUAAAACAUUUUUUAAAAAACCCCACUCCUGCUGCUAUCCGAGCUUAGGCAGCCGCCUCAACAAACUGAGCAUCAAAGUUUAACAGAAAAUAACAUUGCUAAAUAAAACUGACAGGUCGAAAAUUUUUAUCUUUGUAAAGUAAUAACUUUACCCGUGAUUUUUCUUGCCUUCGUCGCCUGCACAAGAACUAUCAGGAGUGGAACAAUGCGAGCUCGCAUGACGGCACAGGCUGCAUGAAUGUGAUGAGAGAAAGAGCAAUCCUGCAUUCUAUUGGUAGCUCUCACACUGAUGCAAGAGGGGGCACAACUGCACAGUUACCAUGGCAGCUGAGAAUCCUGGUAAAGCUUCUGUGGUGGAGGAUGUGAUGGUGACAAUAGAGGACCAGACUGAGUCUCACCCAUCUGCUGGUGACAAGCCACGCUCUCGAACUGGUGCACAUAAACCUACACACAACCUUCAAGGGGAGUCCGCCAGCUUUGAUAAAAGUUUCAUCUUUGUCGCAGAAAAUGAAAUUGAAGCUCACAGAAUCUCAAACAAUUAUAAGUUUGGUUUGAAAAAAUGGAAAAGUCAUGUCACCUCAAGACCGCUUGCCACAAGAUCAGAAAUUGUACAGGAUCUGUAUGCAGAUGUCAGCAAAGUCCGCAGAAUAAAAGUCACAACUCUACGAUUCUUCAACAUCGUCUACACUCUGUUGUUUGGCUGGUGGGUGGCUUUGGCAUACUGCUUAAUUGGAUGCUUGAUGUUCAUCACGAUCCUUGGCAAAGAAUAUGGUUUUCUUUGUUUCCGUUUGGCUGAUUAUUUCCUGUGGCCGUUUGGAAAGUUUAUACACCAAGUGCACCAUGUUCCUCUACAUGUUGUGGCACAAAGCUACAAUGGCUUAAAAGCUAAAGAGAAUGGUGAUCUGCACGAAAAAGAUUACUUGUUGGGAAAUGAAAACAACUUAUCUCCAAAUGCACCACAGAUCAGGGUUUCUACUUGCUCUCUUCAGCGUAAAUCCUACUGGAAAUUGCCUGAAACCUACUUGUGGCUGCUGUUUGGCGUACCAGUCUUGUGGCUGCUGCAUGCAGUUAUCUGGUUUAUAUGUUGGCUUCUUGUGGUUACCAUACCUGUGGCCAAGAUCAACAGCAAAAUGAUGCUGCGCAUCAUGUUUAUGAGGCCUCAAGAAGUAAAGGUGGAACACCAUGGAGUUCUUGUUCUGAAUCAGCAGAAGCGACACAGUGAGAUCAUCAUGUUCACGCAUCAAGCUGUCAAUGUCUACUAUUACAAACUUACUGUGGAUGGCAUCAAUGUUAUUUUAUUCAAUCUGCUGCUGUUUGUGAUCCUGUCACUCGUUUUGGGUUAUGCUGAUCAGGAGAAUGUUAUUGUUGAUGCUACAGCAAAAUGCGUCUUGGCAGUCUUUGCGAUCAUCCCACUGACUUAUUAUGUUGGCAUGGCAAUCACCAGUGUAUCUGCACAAAGCAGCUUUGCUGUUGGAGCCAUUCUAAAUGCAACUUUUGGCUCCAUGGUUGAAGUCAUUUUGUUCAUCAUUAUGUUAAAGAAGGGCAGGGACACAGGACAGGAGUGCUAUCAGGAACUUGUCAAGUCGUCUCUCGCAGGAGCCAUCUUAGUGAGCAUACUGUUCAUCCCAGGAAUGUCUAUGGUUGUUGGUGGUCUCAAAUAUCGAAUGCAAAAUUUUAACCCUAAAUCUGCAAACAUCAGUUCUGCACUUUUAUUUGUUUCCAUUGCUGGAGUUUUUGCACCAACAGUCUUUUCCUUGUUGUAUGGAGAUUUGCAGUGUGAAGAUUGUCAAUCGGUGACAUCUGUGUCCAGUAAUUUCACAAAUGUCACUGGUUUUCACUGCAAAGGCUGUUUUAAAUCAGUUUUUGGCAUUGGAGGAAACAGGGUGAUGUACGACUCAAAAGUUGCACCACUUGCCUACUCCUGUGCCUUCAUCCUUCCUAUUGCCUACAUUAUUGGUUUGAUAUUCACAAUGAGAACUCACUCCUCUGAAAUUUAUGAAGAAUUUGAAACACAGCUGAAAGAGGAAAUUGGCAAAGCAGCAGAGCAUGGGUCGGCUCACUGGUCGAUCAUAAAGAGCGUGAUCAUCCUGCUGCUGUGUGCUGCUGCCAUCGCAUUAUGUGGUGAUAUCAUUUCUGAAAACAUCCAGCCUCUUCUACAGGAGUCUGGCAUGUCUGAGUAUUUCAUUGGAGUAACCAUGCUGUCCCUGGUUGCUGAACUGCCAGAAGUGGUCAAUGGCAUUCAGUUUGCACUUCAAAACAAUGUAAAUCUAGGAAUUGAGAUUGGAAGUUCCACAGCCAUCCAGGUGUGUCUAGUGCAGGUGCCUAUGUUGGUUCUAGUGGACGUGAUUUAUCCAAUGGGAUUCCAUCUGAUCUUUGCUGAAGUUCACUUUUGGGCAGUGAUCUUCUCUGUCAUCGUCAUCAACUACAUUUUUCAGGAUGGGAAGAGUGACUACUUUCAGGGAACAAUUGUGGUUUUCAUCUAUGUUCUGCUUAUGGUGAUGUAUGUCUUCACUCUGCCACCAGACAAUGCAGUUUGUGCAGUACCGUACAGCAAUGGGUCAGAAACCAUAAAUUCAUCGCAGUCCUUUCUUAUUUGAUACCACUUUUCAGACCUACAUGAACAAAAAAAAGCUGAUAUUAUAAAUGCUACCUUUUAUUAACACAUGAUCUUGAGAGUUUUUUUUUUUUAUUGUUAUGUCUUUUGUUCAGACACAGUUAGUCAGAAAAUUGUAUAAGUACAUGUAUUAUUGUAUAAGAUGGUGUUUACCAUUUCAUGGUGUCUGUGAGAUUUAGCUGUCUGGUUAGACAACUAUGCAUAUAUUAUUGUAAAAACAUUAUUAAACAGAUAUGCAUACAUAUAUGUAUACCUAACUUGCUUUUGUUUGAAAUAAUGCAUCUUAUUUAAAAACCUUAUGAAAAUUGGACAACCCAGGUGUCUAGCCUUUAGGGCUUUCGAUUGCUGUCAUAUACGGUGCUGUUGAAAAGUAGGUGAGAGAUGAAUUGUGUGUAUGUUUGUGAGGGAAGGAGUGAGAGAGAAUGAGUGUAUGCACAAUCUUUGUUCCUUCAUGAAUUUGUGCAUCCGAUGGUGCAAAGGUUAGCGCCUGUCACCUAUAAAGGAUUAGCUGUCCUGGGUUCAGCUCUCAUCUCGGGCAUGCCAUACUUUCUCUGCAAGUGGCAUCUGUUUACAGGACUGGCUGCCUUGCUGUGAUAUAUCCUUAGUUGCUGGGUCGGUGUAAAAUGCCUAUUUCCCCACCAACUGUCCUGCAUGAAUUUAGACAUCUUGUUGUAUGUUUGCUUUGGAGAUUUUUACCUUUUAAAAAAAAUGUACCUAAUAUGUGUUAUUGGUGCUGUUGCAGAUAUUGAUUAUCUGCUUGAGCAUUUACUAUUUUAAUAUUUAUGAUAAAUUAGACAGUCUGGAGCUUAAUCAUACCAUGUAUGUGUUGUUAACAAAUGUUGGAUAAAGUUCUUAUCUUUUAAGCUAUGUGAUCUACAUGAGUUUAUUUGUGAAAUGUGGCAUUAAUCAGCUUGAAAACAUACAAGUGCUUAUGUGAAAAUUUCUGUGUUACUAGAAGCAUUUGAGUCUUGGAUCUCAUUAUUCAUCAGUAUGUAACUCUGUCUAAUUUAUUUUUCUCCUUUUCAUUUAGAAGUUUUUGUUAACCUAGGUUUUUGCACUUUUAUGGAAAGUCAGUGGUAUAUACUUUGGUUUAUCUUUUCAUGCUUAUUGAAUGAGGAAGACAUUUUAUGGCCAUAUAAUGUGUUUAUGCACUGUAGCUUCUUGAUUUUCAUGCCAUUUUUAACUGAGUAAAUUAUGGGGCUCACUUGAUAAAAUCAUUUAAGGGAUAGCUCCAGUUUUGUAAUUAGUGUUAACUCUAGAGUUGGAUUUUUGUUUUCUACUCUAGAAGUUACCAGUGGAUUGCUGUCAUCUUUAUUUGUUUAGCAAACUGACAAAUGAGGUGGCAUAUCCCUGGAUCAUGUGCGAAGGAGUUCAGGCAUCAUUUUCACAAAGCCCUCACUGGAAAAAAAUGACUUUUUCUCUUAGCACUGACUGUGAAAGCUAGUUUUUUUAAAAAUAAAACUUUGCAUUCAUUUAGCUUAGUUCAUUUCUUGGAAUUGAUUUGUCUACCUUGAUUGUACUAGUAUCUUACUAAGCAAAGGGCCAGUCUAGUAUGAUUUUAUUCUAGCAAUGAAAAUCACACAGAUAAUGUACGUGGGUCAGGCCAUUGAUAUAGUUGAUUGAUAUGCUUUGUUUUUCUCAGAUGUAUGUGUUUGUAUUCAGGGCAUGAUAUUUCCUAUGUACAGGCUGGCUUCAUGUUGUCUGGCCAGUCGUGGAUGUGCAGAUGUUAAAGAGUCACCACAAUUAUUAUUAUUUUUACAUAUAUAGUAAUAAAAUUAACCGCUGAUGUUUUGCCCACUAGAAAUGUGAAGGAUAUUCCAUAGUGAUACUACAGUUCACUGUGAUACAAAUCAGUUGCUGCUAAAACUGGCUUAACAAUGCAGUGCCAGGAUUUUGAAGGUUGUUAAAAUGACUUUUUUAUCAUUUUUAGAUCUGGAUUUUUUUUUGUCAUUGUGUGUGUGUGUGUAUGUGUGCAUGUGCGCAUGUAUGUUCAUGUGUGUGUGUUCUGCACGUUGAUUUAAAGAAAUUUUAUCUUCAGUGUGUCUACAAAUGUUAAUUGAUAUUAUCUGAAACUGUUAUCAAGAUUGUUGAGAUAGUUAUAUCUCUUUUUGAGUAUUUUGCCAAUAGAAAAGGUUAGGUAUUAUUACACAAUAUACACAGCUGUAAUUCUCCUAUAUAUGGUCAAUUGUUAUAAGCUUAUCACUGCAAGGUUUAUUUACCCACAUGCCUCUAGAAUCCAUGAAAACAUCCUUUAUGUGCUUCAGUGAAGGUCUUGAUAUUGUUGAUGAUGUAGGUUCAUUUUAACUCUUAGAAAUUCAGAUUUUUUGCUCAAAUGGCAAGUGUAGGUGGUUUUAAUUUAUACUAGUAUGGUUGAAAUGGAAAAAGUUAAAUGUGUAUCAUAAAAAUGAAUGUAAAGGAAAAUAUACACUAAACCAAAUCAUCAUGUUUAUCAACCUCUAAUAUUUGGAAUCAUUUGUUUCGAGAUUGAGGAUGCAGCAACUUCUUUAUCAACCUUGUGGUAUAAGAUGUAGUCUGGAAGGAAAACUAACAUCUUUUUAAGUGAGGGAUAUUGUCCUACCAGUUUUUUUAUGUUCUUUUAGAUUGUUAAAACUAAUACAUCCUGCAAAGGCUGAGUUCCUAAGCUAGUGAUAUAUGACUUGUCUUAUGCUAUUUUCAUAUAAUGUUUCAUGGGGAGUUAGUAUUUGGGUGAUUCUUAUAUCAGUAGGUACCUUCAUUAUGUUUCACUAAUAACAGUUUGCAUAUGUGAUAAAGUCUUAGACUUCAGAUCAAAAUUUUGUAGAGUAUGGUUGUGUCACAGAAAGUAAGAUAAUGUGACUGAUCAUUUAGUUGCAACAUUGUAGAAGUUGUUUUUUGAUAGUUUUGUUGAAACAUGUUUCAUGUCUCUAUUUUAUAUAUAAAACUAUUUUUAUAGCAGAUGUAUUUUAACAUCAGCAAGUUGUGUAUGUGAAUGAUGACAUGAGGCUUUAGUCAUCUAAUGCUUAUUUAUGCAGCGUUGAAAUGCAAAUUGUAAACAACUAUUUACUCAGUAAGUUUGAUAUAUUACUUCAUCUGAUCAUCACGAUUUUUAUUUGCAUAUUAAAUGUUAAAAUAAAAUUUCAAUCUUUUUUUCCAUUUUUUAUUUCCUCAUGCUUAUUAAAGGCAAAAUCAAUUCCUUUCAAUAUAGGAUUAUUGUGUGCAUGUGCAGGCUCAAAGUUAUAAAGAUAAUAUUUAUAUAAUGACAACUUUAAAGGCAUAGUGGAGUGCAAGUUUUUUCUUCCCCUGGAAAGCUCUUAAAAUAUUUUUUCCCCAAAGUUGUGUGAAUAUCCUUCUGUUCUUAAAAUACACACUGUGUACAAAAGAAGUCAACUAAACAACUCAGAUUGUGCAUACUUUUUAUCAUGGUUCCAAAGAUACCCUGAAGGAUGGUAAGGGCGUAUUUUUUAGCCAUGAAUGAUAUCUAUUGUAAUACAUUAUGCAUCAGUGCAAAUAUUCACAUUUACAUUGCAUGUGUAUCCCAUAAAGUACACGACAGUUGCAUUAUACAGCAGUAGGGGCAUUACCGAACAACAUAGAUGGAAUACAAAAAAAAAAAAAUCUUGUCAAUAUUUACAUCUAAGAGACAAGUUGCAUGUAGUGCAGCCAUUGUUUUACUACUAGAUUUUCUUGUAUUUUGAGGUAUGCAUUAAAUUUUAUAUCUGUGUUACAGUAUUCACAUGAAUCGUAAAUGGGGAGGUUUUUAUUUUACCUCUGCAUGAAUAUAUGUAUGAACAAAUUUACAUUGUGAAAGAAUAUGUUGAAUGUUUUCUUUUUCGCAUGUUCAAAGGCUGCACACAUCAUCAUUUUCAAGUCUCAUGUUAGAUAUCAUUAUUUUUGUCCCCAGUAUUCUAUGCAUCACUCUGAUUUGAAGCCAUUUCAACUUAAAGAUAUUUAUAUUAGCAUUUUUAAAAAAUGGGCCAGUGAACAUUUCUAUUUAAUCUUUCAUCCCAUUAUGAACAACAGUUUGGUGUAUGUGUGUCAGACACCAUAUAUAUUCUGUUAAAAUAGUCUUGUUCCUUUUUGUAUAAAUUGAAUUAUUAUUUGUGUAAUAAGUAAGGGGAGAUAGUUCAGUGAUGUUCUAUGUAAAUAUAUAUGUUUCUUUGAAGAACUAUUAAAUGAGACUAAAUUGA